CAGGUUAGGCACGGUUAGGGCAAAUUAAAUUUCCUGGUCGUAUACCUCCAGACGCACGUCCAAUACCGCAAAGAGUGGGCCUAAAAUAGUUUGCGAAACUAGAACGAUUUUUCCUACACUGUUUUUGGCCACACUAGUAAAUUUACGCUGGCCAACUGAACUAAAUUUCCCACGAACUGCUAACAACCUUUAAAUGGACAUGCAUCACUUAUGUAAAUAUGUUCAUUGAGCCACUAUUAGCGGAAUGCGAGGCCUCAGAACUUGCUAACACACGUUCGUAGUGGGGACCAUUAUAUGCGUUGAACAAUGGAAUUCAUCGCACAUGAAUAUUUAGUUCUCCCAAUCCUCUCCUUUCUCUCCUUUCUCAUUUUCAUACUGAUUCUCAACUCGACUCAAUAGACUCGUUUUUUGACAGGGUGAAAUGUGGUGAAAGUUUAUUGUGUUGAUUGUAGGACAGUUAUUUAUUAGCUGCCCGUGAAAGUGAGUGACAUCCAAAUAGCACCAUUACAUUAUAUUAUGCAUGGUUAACCUUAUGCAAAUCAGUUGUCAGCCUUAACUGAGAAGGUUCCAUUUAAUAGUAUGCGACGUGAAACCAAAUUCACUCACAUUUCUCUCAUCGAUUCAUGGCGUAAUAAAAUUACGACCCGUAAUACAUCACAAGACGAGAGAUGCGUAUGGAGAAAGUGACAGAAGGUUAUGUCAUAGGCAUUCUUGGUCAUUGAAUUACGCGAUCAGUUCGCCAGCCCACUCUGUGCCAGACAGGCUGCCAGGCUUCCAUAGGAGCAGGCGUUGCAAGGUUUCGCCAAGAUGGACCAUUAUCGUUCAGUGAUGAUAGAUUUCCUGCUAAUUUCCUCUCUCUUCUGGCUUCAGGGUGAACCACAUCCUCGAUCUCGAUCGAUCAUACUUGCCCUCACUUUUAUUUUCAAAAUAAAAUAUUGUAAGUGAUGUAUUUUGUGCCUUGUUGCAGGAGGAGUGACAACUUCGUUCUCUAAAUUCGUCGACUGUACUCGUGGGGACGCUGUUCUGCUGAACAAUCUAUGUGUCCGCUGCCUCCGUCCUUCAUUGUUGCCAAUUCUCAAUUCCGAGGACACUUUCAGGUUACAAAAACUUCAGCCAAAAUUGCAAUUUCCAAAAUAUGUAUAAAGAAGCUUGUGGUAAAUUAAAUUAAUGUCAGGAAUGUUGAUAAUCCUGAUGCUGAAUGGAUAAGCUGUCCUUCGAGCAACAAUGACCUGGACAGGGCCAAGGUCGUCAGAGGUUCAAAAUUCUUGAGUGGGCGAAAAGUGCGUGUCGUCACUAUCGAGAGGCGUCCAUUUGUUAAAAUCUUGGAGGGGAAAUUCUCUGGGGUCUGCUUUGAGCUCUUUUACACUAUGCAACACAAGUACAAUUUCAGUCGAGAGAUAUUUCUGCCCUAUGACGGGAAUUGGGGUACUAGACUUCCGAACGGCUCAUGGGAUGGGAUGGUGGGGCUGGUUCAAAGCAAAAACGCUGACAUGGGAGUGGCCGGCUUCUCAGUGACUUUAGAAAGAUUUAAAGUUGUUGCUUUCACAGAGUCUUUUCACCAGGAGCCCACAGCCAUUCUAAUCCCACCACCCACGGCCGGAGAGAAAUUUACCGUCUUGGUCCGACCGUUGAGUAUUCCUGUUUGGGGAGCUGUUGCAGUCACAAUGCUGACCUUUGCUCCCACCGUGUACAUCAUGCACAUUCUCAGUCUACGGAUACGUGGAGAAGAUUCCUCCACAAAGUCAAGCGUCCUCGACGUCACGGUUCAACUGUUCCAUUUCAUGGUUUCCUCGCUCGUCCAACAAAGCGUGACGUGUCCUGGGAGUAAGACGAAUCGCUUCCUAAUUAUCUUAUGGUGGAUGAUGACCAUUAUCGUGUCGAGCAUCUACGUCGCUUAUCUGGUCUCCUACCUCUCCGCCCCUCGACUGUUCAAUGUCGUCAACAGUUUGGACGACCUCGUGAAACAGCGCAAAAUCAAGUGGACAUUUCGCAAGAGUUCAGCAUUGGAGUCUCUGUUCAAAUCCUCAAGCAGCAUGGGUGUGUUCAAAGCUGUGGGAGACGGAGUGGCCGAGAGUGACCUUGUCUCCACUGAUUACACUGGGGCUCAGAAAGCGCUCACGGGAAAAUACGCCUUCAUCAAGGAAAAGUCUUUUCUUGAUGUGGCCUUGGAGGAGGACUUUCAAAAGACUCACAUUUGUAAGGUCACGUUGGCGAAGCAAAUCUUCUUCAAAGUGGAAACUGCCCUCAUCGCCCAAAAGAGAAGCGAGCUUCUAGCAGUGUUUGACAACGGGAUAAGAUGGGCCGUGUCCUCUGGCCUCAUGGAAAAGUGGAAAAGCAUGCAUUGGCCAAAAGACCUCUGGUGCGCCGACGCAGCUGCCUACAUUCUCAUGACACAGCCAAAGACUCGUAAACUGGACUUUGAAGAUGUCCAAGGGGCGUCUUUUCUCCUCGGAUGUGGGCUAACCUUCGCCAUCCUCGUAUUCAUCAUCGAAAUCUCCACAAAACAGUGCAAUUCAUUCUGGAAAAGAAUUAUAACUCGGAGGAAAUUCUAUUUCUCAAAUUGACUACGAGAGAAACCAACGCGUCGAAUGCUUUUACUUAAUUUUGUUUGGUAAAAAUAAAAUGUGUAAAACUUGGCCUUGGAGAGCUAAAU